GGAAACGAGAGCGGACACUUAGCGGACGAGGAUUUUGUUGGGUUCCGUUCGGAUUUAAUACUUUUCAGGAGGGUUUAAUCUUGAUGCACGAAUUCAGCGGAUUUUGAAAAGCACGAUGAUGCUGCAGGGGUAAUCAUUGGGUCCUUCCGUAUCUUCGUCUCAUUUAUUUUAUUUUCCUUCCUGCUAGUGAUGAGCGAGCUACAGUCGGGAUUUCCAUCUUGUAUUACUUCUGGUGAGCAAGGUUCUCGAUCAGAUGAAGUAGAUAGUCUUAUUAUUGAUUCUGUUACCCUUCAUACCACAUCUAAUGGUAGAAUUGAAGCCUCAAGAGCACCUCAUGAACGAGACAGAAGACCAGAUAGAAUAUGUUUGGAUAGACGCGGGUUAACUAAAUUACCUGUUAUAAUUGGCGAGCCUCGAUUGAGACUGUUGUCCAUGCAACACAAUCUAAUUUCAAGAUUGGAUGAUCUCUCUCUUCAAAGUUUAUCAAGACUUGUCUUUCUAGAUAUUUAUGAUAAUCAACUGGAAAAGGUAUCAGGCCUAGAUUAUCUUGAAAAUCUUCGGGUACUGUUGAUGGGUAAAAAUAGGAUUAGAAGAAUAGAAGGUUUAAAUAAUUUGAGAAAAUUGGAGGUAUUGGAUUUACACGGAAAUCAGAUAUACCAAGUGGGAGGACUGACCUACCUUCAAGAAUUGAAAGUUUUGAACCUUGCUGGUAAUCAAAUUCGUGUCAUUGGAGUAAAUGACCUUCAUGGACUUAAAUCUCUGCAGGAAUUCAACCUCCGUCGAAAUAGACUUAAACGCUUACUAGGAUUUGCAGAAACUCCUCAGCUUCAGAAAUUAUUUCUUAGCAAUAAUGAAUUAAGUGUGGUUGACAAUAUGACUAGUAUAACCAAGGCUACAGAGCUUCGUGAACUCACAAUUGACAAUAAUCCUGUGUCGCUUGGAGGGGACUGCGUUUCUUUCUUAGUGUCUUAUCUACCAAAUCUUAAAAGUCUUAGUCACAUGGAAGUGACAGACUCUGUUAGAAAAGCUGCUUUGAUGUGGCGAGCAAAUCGUGAAGGAACGCAGAAUCAGCUGUGUGUUAAAAGUAGUGACUCGGUUGUUGAUGCAAAACGUGAAGAAGUUAUAUCAAAUGCUAGAACAAAUUGGGAACUGUUACGUUCGCAGACAAGAGGCUUUCCUAUGGAAAACCAUUUGAGUGGAUCUUUGAAAGAUUUGCGAACAGAGUUAGAUGUAGAUAUGAAUGCUGAGAGGUGUGUGCAGAGUGAUUCAGGUAUUAGUAUAACUUCAUCUCUUACUGCAAAUUCUAUUAAACCUGCUGUGAGGGAACUGCCUAUAGGAGAUGCAGAGAAGAGAAGAUCUAAGUUUUCACGUAGAACCCAGUCUCAAGAUUCAGAAGCCUCCCAGUUUACAACAGUCACAAGUAAUUCUACUAGUUUUGAAUUUUUUAAGCUACCUCCAAUAUUAGCUCCACUUUUUGGUAGUAUGGCAAUUGAUAAAGAAGAAGGUAACUUAAGUCAAUCUGAAAUUGCAUCAGAUGGACCUGUCAUAAGAAAUGAAAUUAUUCGUCGUUGGGAUAGUUUGUCUAGUGUUGAACCUAAUGUAGAUAGCUCUCUAAGUUCUUUACCUAGCGAUUCAAGCAGCAGUGAAGAAAUAGAUUCAAGUGAAGAGCUUGGUUCAUCCAAAGAAACAAAUCUUCAAGCAGAGGAUUCGAAAAGAAGUAUCAAAAGUGCUAUGCCAUAUCGCAAACAUGUUUCUCGCAAACCAAUGCUGCGUGCAACAACUGCAAGACCUAAACAAAAGUCUCUAAGUGCUUCUUGUAAAACUCGAGAACAAGGUGGAGAUUUUCUGGUAGAAAUAUGUGGGCGCUGUUUGAAUAUUUAUGGUCAAGGAGCUCUUCGAUUUAUUGACAGGCCCUGGAAUUCAAGCAAAGCUGGAGAUGUUACUAUUGUAAAAUUUACCUACAUGAAUUUCAACAAUAUCAUACCAGUUUUAGGAAGACUUAAGAUUCGUUUUCCUAAUGUGGAACAUUAUAUUUUUCGUGAAACAAACUUGCAUUGUUUGGGCCAAUUAAAUGCUUUGGCUGAUGUUCAGGGACUAACAUCUUUGCAAAUUGAUUGCGAGGGUAAUCCUAUCACUCAAAAAGAAUGGCAAAAAUAUGCAAUUUAUAGGUUAUCCCAUUGGGGUCUUCGAUGCAUCAAUGGAGUAGAAAUAACAGAUGAAGAUAUUACAACUGCCUGUGAGGAAUUUCAAGGUCUGAGUAAUAUUGUGCUGUGGUCUCUGCCAGAAAGUUUGCUCCAGCCCCUACUCAGUAGGUUGAGGUUGGAAGGCAGUCGAGGAAGCUCCCAGCAAUCAGCCAAACAGUGGUUGUUCACUGCAGACCCAGCUCUUCGCAGUGUUGUAGCCAAGGAAGCUUUGCAGUGGCGCAGGGGAACAUUAACUCAGGAAGAUCUGCUUUGGAGACAUAAAGGUAGAGUUCACCUUGCAUAUUUAAUUGAACUUGCUUGUUCAGCAAUUGAAAAACUCAAAAUCCUAGAGAAACAAUGGCCAUCAAUUCUUGAAGAACUGGUUCGAGAUACUUUGGUGGAUUACUCAGAAUUGGAUACCUACAUGAAGAAAUGCAUGCAAGAGUUGACCACUUGACAGGAAGAAGAAUGUAUUUGAGAACACUGCCAUGAGCCUCUAGUGAAAUUACUGGAGCCAAUGUUUCUUAGUGAUCCACCAAAAAGAGAGAAAAGACUUUCUAAGGGGCAGAAAGUUUCUCAGUCUUGAAGACUUUUGAGUGUGAAGGACAAAAUAAAAUACUUUCUUUGUAUGAAAGAUAAAAGUACUAUAUUUGAUUAUUUGAAGGGUAUGUUAAUGCAUCGAAGA